CGGCUGAUGGGUUCCAACCAAAGACUUUCAGGCUGGACCUUUCGGUUAGGAGCCGAGAUCUUAACCAUUGUGUCACCAGGUCUCCUUAGAACAUAUGGAGUCACUCCAAAAAACUGUUCGGCUAAAUUCCCUGAAAAGCCAGCCUCAUCCAACCUUUUUGCGCCUCAGCAAGGGGUUGGAAGGGGUAUGUUCUACAUCAGGAUCUGCCUCUUCCGGUCGUGCCUCUCCAGCUCAGGAGUGGUUUGUUUGGCAGUUCGAGCCUUUGAUCCCGCCCCCACGCUUUGAAUCCUGCAGCUGACCUGAGAUCCCACUUCCGCCCUCUCCACUCGCCCUCUCCACUCGGCACCCGCCCGCAUCGCCUUGUCUUGUCUUUUCUUUGUCAUCCGGCCCCUUGGCCCCGCCCCCUCGCUGCCGGUCGUCGCUCUUGGUGCGCGUCAGACUGCGCGGAGCUUUACGGCCGUCGUGCUUCACGUGUUAGCCGGAAUGGAAGCAGAAGACUCAGAGAAGGAAGCGGCGGAGCAAGAGCCGAGGGAAGAGCAGGAGGAGCCAGAAGAAGAGCAGGCGGAAUGCAGCGGCAAAAAACGGGUAGUGCCGGGAAUUGUGUACCUGGGUCACAUUCCACCGCGCUUCCGUCCCCUGCAUGUACGCAAUCUUCUCAGCGCCUAUGGCGAGGUCGGGCGCGUUUUUUUCCAGCCUGAGGAUGGGUUCGUGCGGCGUAAGAAGAAGGCGGCGGCCGCGGCCACUGGAGCAAAGAAGCGGUCCAAGUACAGCAAGGACUACACCGAGGGCUGGGUGGAGUUCCGGGACAAGCGUGUGGCCAAGCGCGUGGCGGCCAGUCUGCACAACACGCCCAUGGGCGCCCGUAGGCGCAGCCCCUUCCGCUAUGACCUGUGGAACCUCAAGUACCUGCACCGCUUCACCUGGUCCCACCUCAGCGAACACCUGGCCUUUGAGCGCCAGGUGCGCCGGCAGCGCCUGAGGGCCGAGGUCGCCCAGGCCAAGCGUGAGACUGACUUUUAUCUUCGAAGUGUGGAGCGGGGAAACCGCUUCCUUGCUGCUGAUGGGGACCCUGCCCGCCCGAAUGGCUCCUGGACCUUUGCACAGCGCCCCACUGAGCAGGAGCUGAGGGCCCGGAAGGCAGCCCGGCCAGGUGGUCGUGAACGGGCUCGUCUGGCUACUGCCCAGGACCAAGCCCGCUCUAACAGAGGGCUCCUUGCCAAGAUCUUUGGAGCUCCACAGCCCUCAGAAGGCAUGGAGGGACCCUCAGUGGCCAGGAACUCCUGAGGGGCAGGGAGGCCCCUCCCAUCUCCUGGCCUACCCUGCUUCCUUCCUACUUCCUACUAGAGUGCUAAUGACUGUCAAGGCAGGCAUUUUAUUGUGUUUCUCAGAGCAGGAGUGUCUGGUGAGGACCUAAACAUAAAAGUUGUGUGAAUUUCCCUGCCUUUCUACUCUGUACCUACCUGCUUGUGGCACCUAAUUCAUACUAACAUAUUUAUGACUGCUACAGGUGCCAGUUUUGUCUUAUCUGACUCUUGGCUGCCUGCCCUCCUGCACAUUGGGACCCCCUAAAAAUCCUACUUCUGGACCCAAGGAAGGGCCUUUACUUCCAACUAGAGUGAUAAUGACUACCCCAGGCAGUGGUGUCCUAAUUACCAACCACAGGUGAGGGCAGUAGCACUGUCUUUUUUAUUUAGAAAAAGUAAAUGGGCAGAGGUUACUGGGGUGGGCCACCUUCCAAAUGUAUUUUUAGAAAAGGAAGAAGAAAAGUAUAUAUAUAUACACACACACACUUAGUAUGCUCUUUAGUUUCUGGGGGGAUGUUGGGCAAGUUCCACCUUCCAUCUCCUUGUGCCCCAUUCACUCCCCUUCACUCCAUCUCCCAACCUUAGAGGCCACCCCCCACCCCGUACAUUUUCUAUUGUUAACUG